AUGCACGAAGUCUACACAUUUUCUAAGAGCGUUUGUGUUUGGUUGGGGACAAAUGAUGAGCAGGGCGCGACUGAUGGUCCAAAGCGUACAUUCGAUUUCUUGAGAAGUAUUCUUGAUUUCCAGGUACUGGAUCACUUUGCUGACAGGAAAGAAGACUUGGAAUACUGUAUUGAAAAGUCCAACUCCCUCGAUAUUCUUUGUCGCCUUUGGGCCCCAAGACCUAAGCUAAAAAAAAACACUCGGGAAAAGGUCGAAAGCACAUUUGAAAAGGAGAGAGUGCCAUCGUGGACUACCAGUAUUGAUCGGUAUGCUUUUGGCUCGCCAAGCGAAGCAAAAAAAUGGAGGAUUAAUGGAGAUAGUUUUGUAGAUGAGUCAGGUCGUCCACAAUAUAAUGCAUCCUCUGGACUAGCACCUCGUGUGCGUCUCGGCAAGAAAAUCAAUCAUGAUCUUAAGGACGAUGAAGUUGAUCCGACCAAUCCAGGCGAACCCGGUGUAGAGCCUAUAUAUGCGAACAAGCAGGAGAAUAUACAACACCGACACAAAUUCGAAGGUAUCAUGUAUGUUGAAGGAUUUCAGCUGGAUUUUAUAAAAAGACGAUCUGAUGCCGUGAAUGGAGGUGUAAUUAUAGCUGAAGCAUUGAAAAUGGGGGGAUAUAAGAAAGACCCCUUGACAGGAAAGUAUGAGCCACAUGAUACACUAUGGAGGACUCUACUAGGGGACCUUGGACCUGCGCCCAAUUGGUAUCGGAGAGCUUGCGCAUAUUUUCUAGACGUAGAAGAAAUGGCACCGGCAGCCAUGCUUCAAUUUUUAGAUCGAGUACAAGCGGUAGUUUGGAAGAGAAGAUUUUUCUUAAUGGGUGGGGAAAAUGGUAAGGAACUUUUUGGAUUGAUGCCUAGUGAGGCAAACGAAGGUGAUGUGAUUUGCAUAUUCCUAGGUUGUACGGUACCUGUUGUUUUGAGAAGAGAUGAGUAUGGCUGGAAAGACAAUGGGGGGUGGAGUAUCAUAGGAGAGUGUUAUGUACAUGGAAUGAUGGACGGAGAGGUUGUGACGGGGAAUUGGCCAAAGAAGUUGAAGUCACCAGGUGAGUGUUUUACUUUGAGAUGA